CAGGAAAGGUUAGGUACUUGACAGUAGCUUCUGCAUAUACCCCUCAAGCCACUAUCAAGCCACUUCAAGCUUCAACCCUUGCAGGCCAAUUGAUCUCCUGCUUCCCAAAAGUUUUUCUGGUGCGAUAUAUAGCUUUUUUGCAACAACCCCAGCAUCAAAGUCACCGUCAUGUCUCUCCCAUACGCGCCACGCUUCGCCUACUACGACGGCAAGCUCCAGCCCGGCAGUUCGAACUCGUCUUUCCAAACAAUCGACCCAGCCACUGCAGAGCCAAUUGCUAAGAUUCACACCACAACAAACAGCGCGAUUGAUGCCGCAAUUGCUUCAGCGCAGAAAGCAUUCCCAGCAUGGUCGGCCACGCCACCCAUUGAGCGUGCACGCGUCCUGCAACGAGCAGCAUCCCUCCUGCGCGCCCGAAACGACGAACUCGCGAGAAUCGAGACGAGUGACACGGGAAAGCCCUUUUCCGAGACAUCCACGGUAGACGUCGUGACAGGCGCUGAUGUGCUGGAAUACUUCGCCAAUAUGGUUGGUAGCGGUGGCAUGAACGGCGAGACAACACAACUGCGUCCAGACGCAUGGGUGUACACCACCAAGAACUCUCUUGGUGUGUGCGCUGGUAUUGGCGCUUGGAACUACCCUAUUCAGAUCGCGCUGUGGAAGUCUGCACCGUGUCUGGCGGCUGGAAACUGCAUGGUCUACAAGCCCUCGGAGUUUACACCACUGCACGCGCAAGUCCUGGCCUCUGUCUACGCCGAGGCCGGUGUUCCCCCUGGUGUCUUCAACGUCGUCCAGGGCGGCGGCGAGGUUGGCGCAUACUUGACAAAACACCCCAGCAUUGCAAAGGUCAGCUUCACUGGUCAAGUUUCGACAGGCCGCAAGGUGGCUGGUAGCGCAGCGGGCGAGAUGAAGUAUGUGACUAUGGAGCUCGGCGGCAAGUCUGCCUGUGUCAUUCUCCCGGACGCCGAUCUCGAACAAGCCGUUGAUGGCGCUAUGAUGGCCAACUUCUUCUCCACAGGCCAGGUUUGCACAAACGGCACGCGAGUAUUCAUCCCUGAAUCCAUGAAGGCCGAAUUUGAGAAGCUUCUUCUCGAGAAGGUCAAGCACAUCCGUGGUGGCGACCUGCACGACUUUAACACCAACUUCGGACCUCUCGUUUCGAAACCGCAUUACGAGAAAGUCAAGCAAUACAUCAAGCACGGUAUCGAGAACGACAAGGCAACACUCCUCUGUGGUGGUGUAGAGACGCCUUCAUGGCUCGCUAGCCACUCAAACAAAGCCUACCAGAACGGAUAUUGGGUCCAACCUACUGUUUUUACUGAUUGCAAUGACAACAUGAAGAUCGUGCAAGAGGAGAUUUUCGGCCCAGUCAUGUCGAUUCUCACCUACAAGACAGUUGAUGAGGUUGUUGCACGUGCAAACAACACAGAUGUCGGACUGGCCGCUGGUGUAUUCACCAAGGACUUGAACCUCGCUCAUCAAGUCAUUGCAAAGCUCGAGGCCGGUAUCACAUGGGUCAACACAUGGGGCGAGAGCCCAGCAGAGAUGAGUGUUGGUGGAUGGAAGAUGAGUGGUGUUGGCGUCGAGAACGGAAAGAAGGGUCUCGAGGCAUGGGUGAGGAAUAAGAGCACGCUCGUGGAGAUGGGUGGUGUUGUCCCGACUGUCUUUGCGAAGUUGUAAGCUGUAUAUUUCGAUCCCUAACUGUGCGCGGAUCGCAUAAAGGGAGCAUCUGGCGUUUCAUUUAACGAUACCAUGCAAAUAAAUCGAUGCGCUCCUAUCCGUCCUUUUCUACUUGGAUCAGUCCCUGGAUGUUGACCUCGUGGUGACGUUCGU